AUGGCUGACUACCACCACAGACUGCUUUGUGUGACAGAGAGAGAGCGGUUUGAGGUCCCAAUCCGUGCCAUUGGGCCACGUGCCAUUCUUGACUUUCGAGAUGAGCUCCAUUUACCCCUCUGUCUGGUGAAAGCCUCUACACAGAGGACUCAGCUAGUCCGCAACAUAGGAAACAGCAAGGCAAAGUUCAAGCUGCACACACAGAGGCCUUUCUCAGUGACGCCCUCCUCUGGGACUCUUGAUAUAGGUGAGAGCAUGCAGGUGACUGUGGAUUUCCAUCCCAUUACCACAGGAGACCACAGCCAGGACCUGCUGCUACACUACGAUACUGGUGAAGUUGUUUACAUCAGCUUGUAUGGGGAUUGUGAAGAAUCUAACAUCCAUCUUGAGCCUGACUCUGUCUUGUUGAAGAAGACUUACAUAUCUCUGGCCAACGUACACAAAGUGUCUCUUACCAACAGGAGUGAUAUCCCUCUUCAAUACUCUUGGUCAAUGUGGCUGAGCCAGGAAGAGGAGCAACUAAGCUUAUUGAGGUAUAGCUCAGUACUCCAGCAGGAGGAGAGGGAGGAGAAAGAGUUUGUGUCUGACCCCACAGUGAUCCAUUGCCUCCCGCUGCUGGCCAGAGCCCUAAAGAAAUGUAGAAGCCAGGCUGCAAAGGAUCACCUCCUGGCCAUCUCAAACAGCUGCAUAACUGUGGAACCAGUGGAAGGUGAAAUAUGGCCCAACACUACUGCACAGUUCACCAUUGUCUUCAAGCCUGAGGAGGCAAAGUUUUACCAACAAACCAUAUAUUGUGAUGUCACAGGCCGUGAAUCUCGGUUAGCUCUCACAAUCAAGGGUGAGGGCGUGGGACCUAAACUCCAGCUCAACUAUAACCUGUUGGAUAUGAAAAAUGUAUUCAUCAAUGACAAAAACUGUUAUGAGGUGCUGGUGUCCAACAAAGGUCUGAUUGAUGCCCCUUUCAAGCUGUCAAGCCCGGACACCACUUUUGGCCGCUGUUUCUCUUUCAGCCCUGAGGAAGGUGUUGUUCCCUCCGGAGCCUGCCAGAUUGUGGAAGUCGCCUUCCACAGUCGCAUCUUGGGAACUUUCUCUGAGGACUUGCUGCUAACUGUCAAAGGACAGCUUAAACCACUUACCUUGACCUUCAGGGGUUGUGUUGUUGGUCCUAUAUUCCACUUCAAUGUUUCAGAGCUCAAUUUUGGAGAUGUAGCCUUUGGUUUCCCACUAACAAUGAUUUGUACACUCUUCAACACCUCCCUGGUACCUAUGACCUUUGCCCUACGGAUCCUAGGAGAUGGAUUUGGAUCUCCUAGUGUUACCAGUGCCAAACAGGUAUCUGAGGUGUCCAGGAACAAUUGGCAAGUGAGUGCUGCUAGAGACCUUCAUGCACGACCUGUGGAGUUCACCGUCAGCCCUGCUGUGGGCUCUGUGCGUGCCAUGUCAGAUAUUACCAUUAAGGUGACCCUGUGCUCCAACACAGUUAGGAGAUACAGGCUGGCGCUGGUGGUGGAUGUUGAAGGUGUCGGGGAGGAGAUCAUGACUCUCCCUAUCAAUGCCAGGUGUCUUGUUCCUGAGAUUGUGGUGGAGACUCCAGUGUUGGACUUUCGAAGUUGUUUCCUCAAUUACCCCUAUGAACAGCAAGUGCAGCUUACCAACCCCAGCACUCUGCCUGCCUGCUAUGGCGUGCUUGACCAGGAAUAUGAGGAGACACCAUCACUGCUUUUCGGCAGUUCCAUACCCAGAGGAGUCAUUCCUCCUCACACUUCAGAGAAGCUUCCCAUUUUCCUGCUGGCCAAGGCCGUUGGAAGUCUGCAUCACAGUCUACGCAUUGCUGUGUUCGGCAGCCUCCAACCACCCCUGGAGGUGGUCUUGUCAUGUAUUGGGCAGGGUCCAAUAGUUCAUGUUCGGAGCCCACAGCUGGACUUUGGCAGAAUCCCAGUUCUGACGGACAUUACUAGAACCCUGCGCCUGUCAAACCAGUCACCUAUUCCAGCUCACUUUACUGCUCGAAUGAGCCAAGGAAGGUCCUUUUGGCGUGUUGAGCCUAGUGAGGGGGAAGUGCCACCAGAGAGCCAGUUGGAGCUUCAGGUAGUAGCACACCUGAAGGACACGAUCGGCUUCCAGGACAGGCUGGAAGUGUCCAUCCAGGAGAGUCAAACACACAUGGUCCCUCUGUCUGCCACAGGCACUGGCACCACAAUUGUCAGUGACAGGCCUUUUACCCCAAGCCUUGACUUAGGAACACACUUCAGCCAUGGGUCAUGCCAGUACCACUUCAAGCUGACCAACAAUGGCCAAAGGAUACACCGGUUGUAUUGGGGGAUUGAUGGCUUCCUGCCCUAUACAAAAACCCGCAAGGAAGACAACUUGUCUGGCCGAACCUUCCUGCCCUCCAUAUCCGAUCCCAGGAAGAAAGAUGUUCUAAGCCAUGGAUCUUUACUUUCCUUUAGCCGAGAGAAGCCAGUGUUCAGCCUCAGCCCUUCUCGAGUGGAGCUUUUCCCAGGCUGCUCUGUUGACAUGGUGCUUACAGGAUCUUCAGACUCCUCCAAGGUUGUACGGGAGCGUCUGGUGUGCCAUGGCAUUGUGGGUCACCAGAGCUGUUAUGAGCUCAUCAUGUCUGUAGAUGUUACCUGCCGUUUUAUUGCUCCUGUACUCAGCAUUUCCUCCAAGCAGCUGAACUUCUACAUAGAGAUGGUCCCAGGAAAGAGUCUAAUGCCCCUAUAUGAGAAACUGAUCUUGAAGAAUGUGUCAUCUCUGUCUCUAUCUAUGAAGCUCUCUCUUGUAGAGCCAUUCUCUCUGUGUGAGGCCCCAGGAGCACAUAGCUCUGCUACCACUAAGUCCAUUGUUUUAGGUAAUGGGAGGCAGGCUGAGUUUUGGAUAUGCUUUCAUCCAGUUUACUGUCAAGAUCGGGUGUCACGAGUUGUGGAUGAGUUCCUUGAGUUCCACUACCAGGGACAUCCACAACAAGACAUGGUGGAGCUGCAUGCUGAGGUCCACUUUCCCAACCUCCAUUUCUCCUCCACCACAGUGGAUUUUGGCUGUGUGCUCAACUGCACAGAAACUCAUAGAGUAAUCACAAUCACCAACUGCUCCCCGCUGCCUGUGUCCUACCGCUGGGCUUUCCUGGAAGACCAGAAACACUGUACCAUCAGCCCCAGGCUUGGUGCAUAUGAACAGAACGGCACACAGUGCCCUGUACGUCUUGAAGAGGUAUUUGAUGUCUUGCCGAUGUAUGGUCAUUUGCAACCUGGGGACAAGCAGCUAGUCACAUUCUCUUUCUACGGCCAUGAACACAUCAGCAGGGAGGUGGUAGCUCAGUGCCUUGUAGAGGAGGGGCCUAUAUAUGAAAUCAAACUCAGAGGAGAAGCAUCAGUAAUCAGCUACAGCCUUGACUUCACCCAUGUCAACUUUGGUCUGCAGCCUUUUGAUCAUGUAGGGGAAGCUACGGGAACCUUAAGGAAUACUGGCAAGGUGGGCUUCCAAUUCAGCAUCAUACACCCUCAAAAAGAAGAGGAGGAGGAUGAGACCGAUGAGGAGGCAGGGGGACAGAGGAAGGCCCUGGAAGAGGAAGAACAGCAGCCAGAUGCAAGGCAGCAAAAAGACAAUGGGCAACAUGCGGAGGGGCAGAAGGUCAGACCUGGCCAGCCCCUUGUCAUCCCCACUUUGGGUUACGUUGAUGCCGGUGCGGAGCAAUGUCUACGUGUGCUCUACCUCCCCGGUACCCCUGAGGUAUUUGAGAAGAAGCUUCAGCUGCAGGUGGCUUUCCUACAACCUCAGGACAUCACUGUGACUGGAGAGGGAGUGUUCCCAAGGAUCAACCUGAACUUGCCACGAAACCUGUCCGGGGAGUGCUACAGUGAUGUGGUGCAGCAGGCCAGAACAGCUUUGGAGGCAAAUGGAGUCAAAGAGGAGCUUAUGAAUGGAAUUGCUUCUGGUGGAGGACCAACAACAGAAGUCAGCUGCACACUCACAUAUGAAGAGCUGCUUCACAUGGAGAUUGAGAGAGCAUUGGUCAAAGAGAAUGCUCUUGCUGUGACUGGUAGCUUGCUGGAGCACAGCGACACAGAAGGUUCCUUCAGAAAGUGGUACAAACUUAGCAAGUUCCUGCUCCCAGAGUACAUUCUGGAUUUUGGUUAUGUAAUUCCUGGCAAAGUCCUCAGUCAUACUGUAAAUGUCACCAAUAUUGGAUCAGUACCUGUGUCCUUCCUUGCAAAUCGCAAACCUCUUAGUGGCACAGGUUUCAGUGCCGAAUUUGAAAGAGUGAAAAACCUGCCCUGUGGCAUGACACAGACUUUCACAGUUAAGUUUGAUCCUCAAGGAACCAAACUGCAGAUGGGGGACAUAUGUGUUGUGAUGCCAAUACAGGUCGCAGGUGGCCCAAUGGUGCCGGUGCGGCUGUGUGCAGUGGUGACCAUGCCGGCCAUCACUGUUUCAACAGACAUAUUGCAGUUUGACACUGUACAGUGUGGCAUGUGUCAGAUGCAAACAGUACAGCUGUUGAAUCAUGAGUCUGUGCCAUGCCACUGGAGCAUAACUGAGGAUGUGAAGCCUUUCAAAAAGGUAGAUAAGUUACUGCCACUUUACCAGCGGAAAAAAGCCUUGCAGGAGCAGCGACCACCUCCAGUGGUGUUUGAGAUGAUUCCCACCUCUGGAAUGCUGACCCCUGGUGAACGAGUCAAUGUCCAGAUAAAGUUCAGCCCUGCUGAGGGGAAUGCUUACAACAGACAGCUGGUGGUCCAUGUGGCUGAGAGCACCCAGCAGGUGUUCAUUAAAGCCCAGGGUCAGGGUGAGGAGCCACAACUUGAGUUCUUGCCGUCAGUGCUGGAGCUGGUGCCUUGCCUGCCUCUCAGCACUGAGGUUGAAGCUGAGGUCACAGUCAGAAACCCCUGCUCUUUUCCCAUUGAGUUCUACUCUCUGGAGUUCGACACACAGUAUCUCGAGGAAGAAAAGAUCCUGCGUCUGAUGCAAGGUUAUGAUGAGAACAACAUAGUGCUGCUUCCCCCCAGGGUCCCUCGAGAAAGUCUUCCCACAGAACUGCUUGACUACUACAAGGAGUAUUGCUCCCAGCUGAAAGACAAUGAGCUGAAGGCAGGAUUGGAUAAAGAAAAAGUUGAGAAGGAUGACACACAGGAAGAAGAGAAGAGGUCAAAUCAUAAUGAUGCCCACCCACUAGACAGGAAAGAUGAAGAAAUACACACUAACACUGUGAAACCAGCUGAAUUAUUUUCAGGGAUGACCAGAGAGGUAAGCAGUGGGAGACUGGGACAGCUAGAAAUGACCCCUAUCUCCAGAGCAAUGGCCCGCCACAUGUGUAUUGUCUUGUCACCUGAGGGUUUGGCUGCAUGCAACCUCAGAGGGAUUGCUAUUAUUGUGUAUGGAGCCCCACUGACAGGUAAGAGCAGCACAGCGGCUGCUCUGGCUCAUCACUAUGGGGGAGCAUGUCUGAGUGUUGAUGCUGUGAUUACAGAUGUGCUGAUACAUGGCACUUCACCUGUUAGCCUGACGGCAAGACAACUCUAUGAUUGUGCUGCUGCCAAGUACACUGAGAAGGAGGCGGAGGGGGCUCAGGCCAUUGAAGGUACAACAGAACUGGGACCUGUAGCACAUCUUGAAGCCUCAGAUCCAGCUCCAAAUUCAGCUCCAGCUUCACUUGAUACCAUGCAAGUUCUUCCAAAACUCAGUGAGGUCUGCUCCAGGAGAAAUGGCUCCAAGCAUCCUCAGGAGACUGAAAACACUCACAGUGCCCUUCGUCUGGGAGGAGAUGUGACCACACUCUGCAGUCUCUUACCUGAUCAACUACUGGCUGAUAUCCUGGCGGAGAGAUUUCAGUUGACCGAUUGUCACCGUGGCAUAGUGAUUGAUGGCCUGGAGUCUGUGUACACUCAAUCAGCGGCAAGCACACUGCAAGUUGUCCUUAAGGCACUAAAUAACCGCAAACACAUCUAUGUAGUCAAUUUGUCUGACUCCUAUGCUGCCCUGAAGGCACGGGAGAGAGCACGUAGAGAAGCUGAAGAGGCACUGCAGAAGGAGAAAGUGGACAGGGAGGAGCAGUGGUUGCAGGAGCUGGAUGAGGACGAGUAUGACGCUCUGCCAGAGGAGCAAAAAGAGCGUAUUACUGAGCGACAUAGAGAGAAACUCCGACAGCAGAAACUCAGGGAGCUUGAGCGAAUAGUGAAAGAGCAAGAGGAAAAGAGGCAACAGGAGGAGAUGAAGAGGUUGAGAGAUGAAGAGUUGAAGAAGAAGAAUAAAAAGGGUGGAAAGAAGGAUACUAAAGAAGGUUCAAGAUGGAAGAACUUGCAUGAGGGAAAGCAGUCCGGAGUGGAUAAGCUACAGUCUCAGUUCAGUGCGUAUGAGCGGAGCCAGGUUCAGGUGGAGCACAUCCUGCAGCACUGGGAUCGGGCCCGGGGCUUGCUGCUCGUCUCGCUCCCCAGUGAAGAAGCCGCACCAGUAUCAGAGGAUGCCCCAACAGAGAAACAGAGCCCUGUUGGCAAAAGGAGCAAGAAAGCCAGUAGCAAGACCAUGUCUCCGAUGCCCAGUCAGAUGGCAACACUAAUUGAUACAGACAAGAAGGGAGACAAAUUGUCUCCAAAGGACAUCAUUCCUCACAUUGCGCUGAGUUUAACAGAGAAAUACUAUCCGAGUACCAUAGAGCUGCUCAAAGGCAGCACCCUCCCUCCACUGGACGAGGUGUUGAAUGAUUUGGGGUUGGGACCCAGCGGCUCACCAAUCCCUCCUCCCAUCACCUUCUCUAUUGUUCCUUUCCCCAAAAACAGGGAGCAAUCUCAUAGUCAACUCACCUGUGACUGUUUCACCUUCCUGGUUCCAUCAGGACCGGACGAACAGGGGGAAGAGAAGAAAGAUUCAGAAAAGGAUGUACAAGCAUCAGCUGUACAGGAAGAGGCAGUGGCAACAGCAUCUAAAACUCGCAGCAAGGGCAGCAUUAAGGAGAGUGCAGUAACAAAGGACAAGGAUAAAAAGGGCAGAGAGAGUCAGAGGAGCAAGAGACAAACUUCAGCCAAGACAAAAGCAAAGGGCUUGGACCGGUCUCGCUCACCUUUACACGUCUCCACCACGUCCGACUGCACUGAACAAGACCAACACCAAGCAAACUUAGAGCUGAAACGUAACCAAAGCCUGACAACAUUUCGCUGGGUUGUACCAGCCAAUGGUGAGGUGGUUCUAAAGAUCUGGUUCUACUCAAGCUCCGUAGGGAAGUUUGAACAGACCUUCAACUUUGAGCUACUGGGCAAUCAGAGACACUACCAGCUACUUUGCAGAGGCAUUUGUACCUAUCCCUCCAUCUGCAAAGACUACAUGACUCUUUUUGCUCUCAGUAAAAAGGUGCCCCAAAUAGAAGAAAGGCUCCAGAAGACUUAUGUAGUCAAACCCGGAUACUUUGAGUUCGGACCGCUACUUUGUAGCAAGACCAGAGACAGAUACAAGGAAAAUAGGUACGCAGAGAACACAGAGAGAGUGGUGAUUCAUAACAAUUCAGGUCUGGAGGCUGAGGUCCAGUUCCAAUUCCAGCGUGACACACAGGCCACCACAUAUCUGCUGGACCCCCCAAGCAUGACUCUCAAACCAGACCAGAAACAGGAGUUGACAGUGUGGGCCUACCCAACAAAAGUGGGACAAAUGAAGGACUGUAUAGUGUGCUGUAUCAAGGACAAUCCAGAGCUUGUCAUCAUCAACCUCUCCUGCUGGGGUGUUCGGCCAGAGCUGGAGCUGGAAAGCAGUAAUUUGCACUUUGACAGAAUUUUGCUGCACAGGCAGGACAGCUGUAGUGUGACGCUACAUAAUAAGACAGCUCUGCCUGUAUCCUGGAGACUGCAAAGUGUGGAGGAGUUAGGUGAUGAGUUCAGUGUGCCACAGGAUCAAGGUAUCAUCUCACCUAACUCCUCUUUCCCCCUGAGCUUACACUUCAGGGCCAAGAGGCCACUUCACAUUAAGAAGAUGUUACGUCUGGAGGUGUCUGACGUGGAGAAGAUUCUAGGCAUUGUACACACCGAAAACAUACAGGUCACAGCUGAAGCCUAUGAUAUAGCUCUGGACAUCUCACCAGGUAGAAACUGUAAUGGCUGUCUGGACUUUGGAACCAUUAGAGUCUUUGAAGAGACCAAACUGUCUCUCAGGAUGAAAAACAAAGGAAAAUAUGAAAUAGCCUACAAGUUUACGUUUAAGCGGACAGACCCAACCCAGCCAAACCUAGACUCCAUUUUCACCGUGUCCCCCCAGUGGGGUACUCUAAUGCCCCACGAGAAGUCCACAACAGUGCAGAUCCUCUGCAGACCCAAUACCGAAGUCUUUAUUAGAGAACAACCUGUCCUGCCUUGCCAGGUGAUUGAACCUAACAUUGGGAAAGGAGGCGAAACAAUAGCCAUCUUAGCCAUUAAGGUUUCAGUCCAGUCUGUCUUCUCCAGGUACAAGAUCACACCUGCAUGUGACAUCAACUUUGGCCCACUGGUCUACGGAUGCAAGAAAAGCCAGAGCUUCACUAUUGAGAACAAUGGACUCUUUGAGACCCGUUUCAGCAUCUGCCAUAUGAUCACAGACUCUGCUCUACUAGGGAGGGUUGGGGGUCCAGGUAAGAAGAUCCUUCAAGAGAGCCAUUCAGGAAGGCCCACUGGUACCAUUAGCAAAGUGAGACGUGAGUCUUUCCAGAAAGACAUUAAUAUUAUACAGAACCGCAUCGCCAUGGGGGUCUUCUCAGUGUCUCCCUGCACAGGGAGCCUGCAGCCAGGGUCUCAGCAGGUGGUGACAGUGGACUGUGUAGCUGAACAGCUAGGCAACUGGAACCAGGGUUUGCUCAUUGACAUCAGUGACCGUGACCCCUCAGACCAGCCUGAGGGCAUACCAUACAGACUGCUGGCUGAAGUCUGCAAGCCAGGUAGGAACUUGUUAGACAUGGCCUCCAUCUUUGAAGAACAUCAUCUGUGCCACAACAGCAGACAGCUCUCCUCUGAGCAGUUUUGCAAUGCUGAAGGCAUUUAUAUCCUGGAUGAGAACAAGUUUAUCUUCAGCAAAGUCCUGGUCGGUCGGACUGCUCAGGCUUGCUUUAAACUCACCAACAACAGCAAGGUGCCCUGUGUGCUCAGCUUGGCCAUCAAACAUGGUGGUGCUAAGUCAUCCCGUAACAUGGAGGUUUUUGAUUUGUCUACCACAACACUGAGCAUUCCCAGCCAGUCACACGCGUUUGCUGUGGUCACCUUCACACCACAGACAAUGCAGCAAUACAGUGCUGUGUUUGAAGCAACAAUAGAGGGAACCAGCAGAAUGACACCCACAUCUAAGACCAAGGUGCUGGAGUUUGACCUAAUGGGAGAGGGGAAUCUGCCCAGUGUGUGUGUGGUGCAUCCAGCUCUGAGGAACAGCGGAGGAAGCCCAAUGUUGCAGUUCAGACGGGUAUUGGUAGGGCAGAGACAUCCCCUCCCCCUGGUGCUGCUCAAUGAUGGAAAUGUUCCAGCUCAGGUCCAGAUUGACAUGCUGGAUAAACAUGGUGUGUUCACCCUCAGAGCUGCACCUGGCAACACCUGCAGCUCCAUCCACUCCGCAAAAUUGGAGGGCACCACUGACUCAGAGCAUCAGUUGAUGCACAGAGCCAUUCUGAGGCUGAAUGUUAAUGAACAGGUGGAGUUUGAGGUCAGUUUUUGCUUUGACAAGCCCCUGAGUGUCAAGGCCAAGAUGACACUGCAGGUGGAGGACAACCAGUACAGCAAUACCAUAAUACAACUGACUGGAGAGACUUAUCAGGAAAUCAUCUCUCUUGACAACAUCAGCAGGUUGCAGGAAAUGGAUCAGGAAGAUGAUGAGAGAGAUAAUUAUGAGGUACUGAAUUUUGGUGACUGCCAUGUAGAUUGUCCUUACCAAGAGAGUUUCACCAUGACCAACCACAGUAGCAGCCAGGUGGUGAGGUUUGAGUGGCCUCCUGCUGGACUUCAUGUCUGCUUUUCACCACAGGUGGGACACCUUCAUGCUGGUUGUUCUAAGGAAGUGACUGUCACAUUUAGCUCUAGUCAGCCAGUGACUCUGAACAGCCAGCCAAUGAGAUGUAAGGUUUGUCAGGUGGAGUUCCAGCAGCCAUUUGAGCAGGUGGCUGACUGGGACGACCGACAGAGGACGGUCCAGUGGCUGAGUGCCUCAAAACAGGCUUCAGGAACACAACAACAGCAACCUGUGCAGAACAAGAUGAUAAAGAUAGAUCCUGAGCCCUGCUGCUCUGUGGUUGAUGGCUCGCAGUGGGAGUUAGAAUUGCGUGUCAGCGCAGUUUGUGACUAUGUGAAGUUCAGCUGCAACACCAACACCAUCCACUUCAAAGACACCAUGCUUUACCAAACCAGACUCCACCGACUACAGAUGGUGAAUCAGGGUAGUGUCAAACUGGAAUUCUCCUGGCAGGUCCUCAUGGUUCCAAGCAGCAACACUGUCAACAAUGACCAAGGAAAUGAGACCUCCAUUUCUCGACCUGGCAGCAGGUCAGCAGGAGCAUUGACUGGAGCCCAUCCUGCCAGCGCUCCGCCCAGCAUGAUGUCACUUCUGAUGGGGAGCCCUGAGCAGCCACCCUUCAGUGUUGAACCCAGCAUAGGGGUCAUACAGCCUGGUUCCAUGCAGAACUUCAACAUUUGCUUUUCACCUCUGGAGAUGGCCCAGUUUCAGGGCAGGCUGUUCUGCAGUGUCCCCAACUUGCAGGAUGGGGAUCAGGCUCCCUGUAUCUCGGUGUUUGGCUGCAGCCUACAGCCCCACUGCCACUUUGACCUUAAGGACUCAGACUACAUCAGUGGGAACCACCGCAACCCUAAGUUCAGGGACCCUCUUGACCCUAACAUCAGAGUCAUAGAGUUCAAUGCUGUUGGUUUCUCUGUGCCAUCAACAAGAUGUUUUAUUGUGGUGAACCCAACCAGUAAACCCUACUCAUUCAAGUGGAAGUGUGAAGAUGCAGGUGGCAGCCCAUUUCACUGUCUCACCCCAUGUGGUACCAUCCUGCCUGGGAAAAAAGUAGAGAUGUGUUUUGAAUACGUAGCCGAGCAGCUGGCUGCAGUGGAGUCAUUCUGGCGCUUUGUGAUUGAGACUCUUUCACUGUCUUUCCCCUUCUUGUGCGUGGGAAACACCAGAGAACCAGUUGUCUAUCUCAACAGACCUCACCUUGACUUGGGGGAACUGCUUGUUGGCCGUAAAGUGGAGCAGACAGUCGAUCUGGUGAAUGGAGAGGAGGAGCCUUUUCACUUCUCGCUCCUGCAGUCAUCUCUUCUCUGUGAAAACCAGCGGUCCAGCCUCAUUUUGCAGCCCAUGAGUGGCACAGUGUCACCUAAAUACAGGUUGCCACUGUCAGUAUCCUUCACACCAUGCCAGGAGGGCUAUGUGAGCUUCAGAUUGGUUUUGAGGGUGAAGAGGAGGUCAGAGCCAAUCACACUCACUGUUAAGGCCAACUGUUUCACCAUGAACACUUUGGUUCAAGUUGAGAAUCCAGAUGGAAAGCUCAGAGAGAUCAGCUCCAACCACCAAGACUCUCUGGACUUUGGAAAGGUGGGGAUUGCAGAGAAGUCCGCCUUUAAUUUUCUGGUGUCCAAUCUGGCAAGAUUCAGCCUGGAAGUGAAUUUUGACCUAACAGGUCCUAGUGAGCUGCUGAAACACUUGGAGGCAAAAACACAAAAUACUACUCUUGAGGUUGGGAAGCAAAUGCACUUAUCACUCUUCUUUUGUCCCCGGAGCAAUUGUAACCUCCAUGAUGUCAGACUGAUUAUCAAGGUAAAGCAUGGGCCAACAUUUACUUUUGCCAUUAAAGGCAGGGCUGUACCGCAUAGCCUAGAAUUCUCCUUCACCAAAUUCAAUUUCGGAAAGUGUUUCCUGUUCUGUCCCGGCAUGGUGCCAGCCUCCCAGAUUCUAGUGAUCAGCAACAAAGGCGUACGGGAUAUCAGUGUCCAGUGCCAGUUCAAGAACAACUCUUACCUGGAGACGGAAUUCCAACCAGGUAUUUUGUCCCCUGGUGCUGUGAUGGAGGUACCAGUCACCUUCUAUCCUCGUGAGGCAGUGCGGUACCAUGAAAAGCUCACCUUCAUCUUAAACAGCUGUGUCAUGAAACAGGUGGACAUACUUGGGCAAGGCAUCGAAAUGAAGCUCGAAGUGGAGGAACCAAGGCAGAGGAAGGUGAAACUGGGAACUCUGAUGUUGGGUCAGAAGGUGAAAAAACAGGUUGUUCUGGUAAACCGCAGCACUUUAGACCUUUCCUUUACUCUGCUUCUCAACACAAACAAAGCACUGGACCCAAAGGAUCUGUCAUUCAGUCCAGCAGGUGAGCUGAACCUGAAAGCCAGUGGUGGUUCUUGUGAUGUUGAGAUCCAGUUCUCACCUCAUCAGCACAUACCUCCCUUCAAGGCUGAGCUGCAGGCAGAGUUUGCAGGCCUGUUACAUCCCUUGCUGACCAUCCAUGGCUGCUGUCAGGGUGUGGAGGUCCAGCUGGACCAGGACCACCUGGCUUUUGGAGCUGUAGUUCAGCACUGCCAGGCCAGGAAGAGGAUUGUCAUGAUGAACACUGGAGACAUUGGUGCCAGGUUUCAAUGGAACACAAGGAGUUUUCCUCCAGAGUUGUCCAUCUCACCGCCUAAAGGCUACAUCUGUCCAGGAAUGGAGGUUCCUUUUGAUGUGACUUUUGCCCCCGAGGAACUGAGUAAUGACACAAGAUAUGAGAACCUGUCUUGCUUUGUUGAGAGCUCCUCACCUGUCACCCUCACUGUGACAGGCUCUUGCAUUGUGCCUUCCACUAGCAAAGAGGUGGUGAAUUUUGUAUGCCCAGUACGUGGCUCUCACACCCAGCCCCUGCCGGUGUUCAACCCGACAAACCAGUGUUGCAGCAUCAAACCUGUGAUUGAGGGCGCGCAAUGGAGCGCUGCACCCUCCGUGACCCUUGAACCCCUCCAAAACAAGACAUAUGAAAUCACCUACCGACCGCUGACCAUGACUGCUGAUGGAAAGAAACACCUGGGAUCAGUCUCUUUUUCUUUCCCUGAUGGGACAGGCAUGUUGUACUCCCUGCAGGGAACUGCUGAUCAUCCGAAGGCAGAGGACACCAUUGUGCGUGAGCUGCCUGCCAAGACUCAACACAUAGAGUUGCUCCCUGUGCACAACUGGCUCUACAAGCAACAGCGGUUCCGUGUGCUGAUAGAGAUACUGAAGCCUGAUAAACCAGAUGCUACAGUGUCUCUCAAAGGUCUAGAGUACAUUGAUGUCCCUGCUCUGGCCAAGAGAGACUACAAGAUGUCUUUCUUCACAUUCAGAGAGGAGCAGUACAACACCAAGGUGAUUUUUCAUAAUGAGGUGACAGAUGAGUACAUGUUCUACCUCGUUACCUUCAAGGCCACAUCUCCAGGAGUCUUGUCCACCAUUGAGCUGGUGACCACUGUCCGCCAGACAACCUCGGCCACUGUACAGGUGGAGAACCCCCUGACUACAGCUACCUGCCUCACCACUGAGUGUAAAUGUGCUGACAUCAGUGCCCCACUUAAGCACACUGUGCCAGGACAGUCCAAGGGUUCUCUGAGCUUUGAGUACCAGCCUCUGUGUGCGGGCGAGUCUACUGCCCGGCUGACUCUGUGUAGUAGUGAUCUGGGAUCCUUCCACUACAGUCUGCUCCUCAGAGCUCUGCCCCCACAACCAGAGAAAACUGUCUUCUUCAACAUUUCACUGGGAAGCAGCCACUCUGUUGUUGUUAAGUUCAUGAAUUACACCCGCUUCAAAACAGAGUACUCGUGCAAGACUGACUGCCCGGAUUUCACUGUGGACAAAAGUGUUGGUGCUUCACCAGGCUUCCAGGCAGGGUCAGAGACCAGUGUGGAGGUUUGUUUUGAGCCUCAUCAACUGGGGGAAUUGAGAGGUCAGCUCACCCUGUCCUCUGCAAUCGGUGGUGAAUACAUCUUUCCCUUACAUGGGAACUGCCUUCCUCCGAAAGCCCAGGGCCCGUUUAGCAUCAGGGCUGGUUGCAGAUUAACCAUCCCCUUCAAGAACGUGUUCCUGCAGACCAUCGCUUUCUCUUCUCAGGUGGACAACCCCUGCUUUACUGUUAAAGGAGUUGACACCAUCCUCUCCAAAAAGACACAAAACAUCCUUGUGUCAUUCGAGGCCCCUGCAGGAGGCUCUUCAGGGCCCUGGUUUGGCAAGCUGACCAUCUCCAGCCAGCGCUCUGAGGGCCACAGCAAGCCCUGCUCAUGGGUCUAUUACCUGAAGGGCUACCGCCCUGAGUCAUCUUAGAGAGCAAUAUGUACA